CCAUGAUAGAUACACCAUCAAGGGGGUUUCUCGAAUCAAAAUAAACAACAUCCGAGUCAAACCGCCCAAAAUUAAUCAGAAAAAUCCUUCUUCACAUCUUGGAAUAAAAAUUGAGAAAUAAUGUUAAACAAAAUGUGAGCGUAAGUACAUUUCAACCCAUGGGUUCGGCACGAUUCCUUCUGAUAACCCACACGAAAUAAGGGUAGCUUAUAACAAACACUGUGCUUAGCUCCAGGUCGAGCUGUGUGCUUAGCUCCAGGUCAACUCCAGCCUCGGUUCGAGAGUUCGUGGAUCAUUUUUUUAACCAUGAUGUUGAUCUCCUUGUAUGGCGACAUCGGGCCUUAACGAUAUCGCUUGCAAUGGUUUUUCAAUAUUGUCGAUGGGGUGGGCCCUAAGAUGGAAUGCUUUCAAACAUGCGUAGACCGAGGAAACAAGUGCGACUUUUCCAAAGAUAAGCUCACAUGCUUCGACUGUGGGAGGUAUCGUUGCGGCUACAACGUUCCUGGAGUAAACUGCACCCAGUGUCGUAAGCAGGGGAACUGUAAGUGCAGCGACGACAGGUGUGAUUGUAAAAAAUUCGAUUGUUGGCGAUGGUUUCUCGAGCUUCUAGGACUUGCCAGUCCGAAAGGAAAGCUAAAUAAGAGAACCACCGGCGACGCAAAGGACAAGGACUUUUGCGCGAGUGUUGUAGAUGAUCAGUUACAGGAUCCUCUCGAGAUAAAGAUCUGUCGUUCUAAAGAAGGCUACUCGCACUCCAUCCAACGCAUCUGCUCCAAGCAGUUCGCCUGCGAAAGGUCCUCGAGGACCAGCUGUGAAAAGCUAGCCGAAUCCUGUCGAGACUCUCCGGAUAAAAAAUUCAGGUACGCCGACGGUAAGCCAGAGGCGCCCGACGAGGCGUCGUACCAUGUAACCACACCGAAGUCCGGUCCCGAAGGGAAGUCCGAGUCGGUAACUGAAUCCAAACCGAAGAAUCACGAGGAGAAAGAGAAAGAGAAAAAGAAAAGAGGGCGAGACAAGUCCCCCAAGUGGACAUCCAGCAAUUCGAGUUCAGCCUCGAGGGGGCGGGGCAGAAAAAGGAAGCACAAGCACCGCAGCUCCCACGGCAGUCCGUCCAAAUCGAGUUUACACAAUCUUAAAAGGGAAAACAGCGACUUAAGCAGCCAGUCCAGGAAGAGUAAGAAAGGCAGCUGCUCGUCCAGCAUCUCUUCGUGCAGUCCCAUAUUUAAACCUUACAGGCACAAGUACUCAUUUCUCCGGUGCGCUUCCUUCAGCUACGCCCCCAAAACCGGCCACAGCGGUGGACGCUGCGCUACUCCACCCCCAACGACAGAGACCGGUCUAGGACACAAGUACUCGCGAACUUCGUGCCCCCCGUGCCCCAUAUCCGCACCUUCUACGAGAUUAGCUAGGAGCGAUUUUUCAUCGAUUUGCGGCGACAAGCAAAAUAAGGAAGGAACGAGAGAAGUCUGCCCAGCCAUGUCCUGCAGUAGGAACACGACGAGUUGGAAGCCGGUUAAAAAUAAUUUACCAACAGUUUACCACAGCCCCCAUCGGUGCUCACCUGGCUACUGCAAACUUCCGUGCCGAUCGCAAAGUUUCCACACCACCAUGAUGAAAAGUCCGUCCCCAGUAGCCUGCUGCGUUCCCAACCGUUUAGCUUGCUGUUCGCCAUGCGAUAUGCCAUGCGGGCGGUUACGCAGUAGGGCUCAGAAAUCGUGCUGCCCCAUGACGAGAAAAUCGAGGAGUUGCCCACGACCCUGCCUGUGUCCCCUCAGAUCGACAUGCUGCAGCCCACCGCCUUGCUACAAGGCGGGAUGCCCGAAACAAGUCAGGCAGUGCUGCAAAAUUUCUCCCACGCAGUGCGGACCGUGCUGCACAAAGGCAUGCUGCCUCCCGUGUCCAAGAAAGUUUCAAGUUUUGCCAUACUGCCCAAAGACACAAAACUACAGCCUCUAUGCAUCCCUACCCAAAUGUGUUAAAAGCAGCCCUUGCCCGUGCCCGAGUGGAAAGUGCACUUGCCCAUCACCGACUAAACUGUCUUUCACCAGCAAGAGCAACAGGCCGUGCUGUUCGUCCUUGGCCCAGAUGAAUCCAGUUUGCUGCUCGGGGUUCAACUCAAGCUACAUGAAAUCAAGGCAAGGUGACGCGAUAUGUCAGCAGCUUUUAAACAAGUAUACCAACAACAAAGGUCCUGCCCGAUGUUGUCCCCCGGUGUGCACGGGGGGCAGUUUUUGCGUGACCCCGUGCACGGAGCUCUCCACCACACCUUUCAAAUUAAGCGCCUAUCUCAACACCGGCUGCAGAAAGUCCUGCUGUGGAACGGGUGGACUAGGCUCGGGGAGUGCAGGUGGCGGGAAACGAACUGGAUGCAUAGGGGGUCUUGGAUGCGGUAGCACUGGUGGCGGUUGCAGGUCAUGUCUGCCAUUCACAUCCGAAUUAGGAAAAGCGUUCUGCGCGGACUGUCAGAACUACACGCACUCCAGGAAACCAUUGUCCCCAGAUGAAAAAAAUAAGAAAAAUCAGAUCAUUGAAUUUAACAGUUCCCCUUGCAAGAAGGAGCCUCGGUGUGAGAUUUCACUUGCCCCCCACUGUCUACGGCGGACCGGCCCGCGCAGUCCCGUGCGAGAGUAUCUCGAUAAGCUGAUGGUGUCAACGAGAAAAAAGAGCGAGAGAGUGGAAAAACUGAUCAAACUCAACGAACUGCCUGAGCCCAAACAAGAACCGAAAUCGCCACAUCCAUCUUCUCAAAAAGUUAGCCCGAAGAAAAAAGAUCAAAAGUCCAAACCGCUGGUCGAAGAAGCAGCCGUGGAGUCACCUGGUGAAAAUCCGGCCAAGCCAACGGAUGAGAAGCCCGCGCAGUCGACUGAUGAAAACGCGAGCGCCAUAAAUGGUCUCGAAUCCAACUGCGGGGUUAGUUUAAGCCCUCAGCAUGACAACUUGCAGUUCCUCCAAGAAACGUCUCCCAUGAGCAUCUUGAGCGUCGACAGCUCAGCUAUUGGCACUGAAAAGUCUUUCAAUAACAACUAUGGCGCAGACUCGUACGAUCGCAGCGCCGCCUACACCGUGUCGGCUCCGAUAUCCUACGAGUAUUCGCCGUUCCGCUACGGUCCCGGCAUGCGUUAUGAAAACUACAACACGGAACCUUACGGCAGCGUCCGCCGUCCCGGCAACACAAUGGGCGCUUGCAGGGAUACCCGCUUGUCGUGCAACACGUUCGGUUUGUACACGCCGCCCUACACCUAUUUGGGAACCUCCUACGAGAUCCGGAAAGAGGCGCGAAGCUACCACGAGGAGGGCUACCACUAUAGGAUGAGCUUGUCGUCCAACUGGAACGUCAAUGCCGUGUCCAAGCCCAAGUUCCGCGCCUCGACGGCCUACGUCAAAAGGCCGGAGAACCCGAUGUACCAGAGCUACCCCAAAACGAUCAUAUACAGCAAGCUCGAGUCGGAGAUUCAACAGAGGAUACGGCAGAUCAAAAAGAUCAGCUGCCCGCCCACCAACAGCUCGUGGAGGAAACAGCACGUGGAUGACCCGGCCAAAAUGCCUCCACCUUACGACGACACGAGCUACUCGCUAAAGGGCGAGUCCACCUCGGAGAGCCACCCCGUCGUCACUGACUUCAUCAACGACAGCUGGAGGGCCAUCAAGGAGAUUAAGAAAGUGCGAGCCAGUGAAGAGAUGAAGAUCGAGAAUAAGAAAUACACCCAGAAAAAGUACUCGUUGAGCGGCCCAAUUGUGCCGGAAUAUUUAGCAUCGGAUCUGCACAGGUAUUCGGUCCCAACGUCUGCUCAAAUAAUCGCAGCCAAAGAUGCUGGGGAAGCCGGGGUCAUCAAGGAGCAGACGAGCCCAAAGUUUGCCAAGGAGGCGGACGUCUUUGAGACGAGCAGCAAGCAAGACAUCCCCAAAGACGCGACUGAGAACAACGCGGUCACUUCCCUGGGAAUCGACAGCGAAACGGGAGACUCGCUGGUUUUGGCGACGCCUCCGACCAAUGAGCUGGACGACGCCCGUGCAGAGAAACAAAAACGAGAGGAAGAGACGUGUCCACGAAACGAGUCUUCCGUUGACGGUGAUGUUUACGGUUCUCCGGUGGUGAGCGGCAAGCCCACGGGUGACUUGACCAGCAAACCGGAAACAAAGGAGAAUAAAGCGGAAAAUAAAGCGGACGGUGGAGAAUGUCAGACGCCAGUUUUUCAGAGCCUCCUCGAGCGUUUCGAAGAAACUGUCCAGGUAUUUGUACGCUCAAAACUUAAAGGCGACGCCUUUGAUAUUUGCAGUGUCAACAAAGAUGAAGCCCCAUGUAACACCAAGGAUGUGCCCGAAUGGGGCAUGGAUAACAGGUCGAAAAACCAGGCUGCAGACAGCUCGGGGUCCAAGAGCUCACCAAAAAGCUCCUGCUCUCGAAGUGCCAGCUGCGUGCAGAGCCAAGUUUCCGGAAGUUACCUGAGCGGUUCCUGCUCGGCGUGCAACAUCUCCGCCAGCCUCGGGACGUCCUCCACGACCAUCACCUUGGCGGCCAGCAGAUCCAACCAAUCGCUGGUGUCCUUGUCCAACAUUGAACUGGCCCACUCGUCAGAAACCCUUCGACCAAACGCUGACACGUACAGCUCAUCCAACAAGCAGCACUCCUCCGAAACGCGGCGACUCGCGCCCGAGACUUCGAAAUAUCUCCGGGACCGCAACUCGUUGCUUGAAAGCGACUGCUCACCGCAGAUUUUUGCGAAGCGGUCGAGUGGAAUGGAUUCGUAUCAGAUAAAGGAAGUGACCGCCCACAACAUGGCGGAGAACGUCGACUGCAGAAUGCAACGAGGCAGACACGGGGAGAUGAUGGGCGAUAAUGACUCUGCGGGCUGUUACCCCUUCAUGAGACUGUCUCCCUUGUACGACAUCAACAACGGCAGCUGUGUGGACCCCGUGGACGACGCUCAGAGCACGAAUAUUGAUAUCCUGAUAGGCAGCAGCGUCGAUCCGAUCAAGUGUGGGCCGGACACGCCCAUGAUCUACGGGCACAGCGUCAACGACACGUUCCACGAGUUGGCGGGCGACUUUGAAUCGAACCACAGUCUCGUCUCGUGGUCUCAGGUGAAGCUAUCUCCGGCGGGCGAGGACGAAGACCCGAGGAUGGCACAAGUCCUCACCUCGGAACUUAAGAACAAGAGAGGCCCCGAGGUCAGUGGGGAAGGUGCUUUGAGUUGUGUGAUGAAGGAUUUCAUCCGCCAUUACGGCACCCCCGUGUGAACUUCACGGUACCGUGCCCGGUAACCCUGUGUGAGCUUUACACCAAAUCUAAAAGCACAGCAUAAACCAGCUAACAAUCAACCUGGACUGCACUCUCCACAAGCUAAACCACGUGUGCUGUUUUACUUGCAAUUUCUAUGUGUAAGACGUGUAUGUUCAUAUUUAAAGUUUAUAGCCACAUACAGGUUGGCUUCAACAUAAACAUGAGUUUGGAAAAAAAAGAUUUCAACAACGCUUUGGUCGAUCGGUCCGUCAUCAGGCAACGCUUUGGUCGAUCGGUCCGUCAUCAGGCAACGCUUUGGUCGAUCGGUCCGUCAUCAGGCAACGCUUUGGUCGAUCGGUCCGUCAUCAGGCAACGCUUUGGUCGAUCGGUCCGUCAUCAGGCAAUGUCAUCAAGCAACGCUGUGGUCGGUCGGUCCGUAAUCAGGCAACGCUUUGGUCGAUCGGUCCGUCAUCAGGCAACGCUUUGGUCGAUCGGUCCGUCAUCAGGCAACGAUUUGGUCGAUUGGUCCGUCAUCAGGCAACGCUUUGGUCGAUCGGUCCAUCAUCAGGCAACGCUUUGGUCGAUCGGUCCGUUAUCAGGCAACGCUUUGGUCGAUCGGUCCGUCAUCAGGCAAAAAUAUUAAGUCAUUAGCGAAUAUUCUCUUAUUUAUCAAACUAUGAUUAUGAAGCAAAUAUAAAUUAGUGUUUCCAUCGGUCGUUAUACAUCUGUCUCUAUACAACGGUCAUUAUACAUCUGUCAUAAUACAUCUGUCAAAUAUACUGAUAUCAGGAAUAAAAUGAUUGUAUUGCAAAUUUCGUAAUUCACACUUUUCUGUCAUUCAAAAUGCCUUAAGUCUCAGGGUUUACUUGACAGUGCCCUGACACAGUGUCCUAGUUAAGCUCAUAAUGUCCUAGCCCAGUUUGCAAGUAUAGUUCAUAAUGUCCUAGCCACAGUUUGCUAGUUUAGUUCAUAAUGUCCUAGCCCCCGUUUGCUAGUUUAGUUCAUAAUGUCCUAGCCCCUAGGUUAUAACUUUUUUAAAUUUAAUUUUGGGGGUUGGGGCAACAAUGAACUGAUUUGUUAAUUGUACCUGAGACGGUAGCAUGGUGUUGUGGCACAAUCAAACCUCCACCACACAAUCAUUGCGUGUUACACAGCACUGUGUCAAUCUGCCUAUACAACCAGUCUGCC